AUGAGCCGACAAGCAUUCAAGUCAAUCUCACUUAUCAUAUCACCCUUCCACUGUGGUGCGCGGGCAACCGGACCAGGUGCGGGACCACUGUUUCUCCAAAGUCGGGGUCUCGUUCCAGUUCUCAAGGAAUUCGGUCUCCCAGUCCGCGAGUUUGAAAUCGAGGCAGUAGAUGAGCUGGACGGUGAAUUAGCAAAAAGUUUCGAAAUCAUCCGUCGAACGUCCAAGCUCGUGUCUCAAGCUCGACAGAAUGAGUCUUUUCCCAUUGUUUUAUCUGGUAAUUGCAGCGGAGCGGUUGGCGUGGCAGCUGGAUUAUCAUGGAAAGACAUUGCGGGAAAGGAUCUAGGUUGUGUAUGGUUUGAUGCCCAUGAUGACUUUCACACUCCAGAUACUAUUACCAGUGGAUAUGGCGACUCCAUGCCGAUUGCGAUCAUGGCCGGCCUAUGCUACAAGAAGUUACUCCAAUCGGUGCCUGGCCAUCAGCCUAUCGACCUGAACAAUUUGGUACACGUCGGCAUGAGAGACGUUACGGAGGAAGAAAAGCAGCGGGUAGUCGAUGCUGGGUUUGACAUCGUUUGGGGGAGCACUGAGCAAAAGGUCGAUUUCGAGAGCGGUUUGGACAAGUUCUUGGAAAAGAAGUCGUUAAAAGAUACAAUGGUACACGUUGAUUUGGACUCUCUGGAUGCAUCGAUCGGUAUGGCGAAUAAGAUGGCCACUUUCGGUGGUUUGUUGGAGGACGAUUUGACCAAGUGUCUGGAGAGUGUAGUCAAGUACACAAACCCGGUCUCGCUGACGUUGGCCUCCUUUGAUCCGGGAUAUGAGGGAGCAGAUAAGAUUGCGGAUGUUGGUAUCAAAGGUGUUGCGGUAUUUCUGAAGGCUUUGUUGGGCUCAAGUUGA